CAAGCAUAAAAACGGCAGUUAUCGCUUUACCGGACCGUGGCUCAACCUUCGACGAGGAACAGAGAAUUCAAAGCCUGUACAUUAUGCAGUACGAAGACCUUCAGGAAAAGUACAGGAGCCAAUUUGUGCCGGAAGCCUAUCGCGAUACCCUGGAGACGAUCCAUUCCCUCUUGUCGUUUUACCAGAAAGAGCUCCACUUUAUUUUCACCUCCCCAACAUUCUAUGGACGAAAGCUUCUGGAAGUCGGGUGUGGCCCCUCAGCUCGCAACGUCCUCCCGGCCACAAAAAAGAUCGACGACGUUGUGCUCGGCGACCUUGUGCCCCAGAACAGACUCGCGGUGGAGAAAUGGAUUCAGAAGGCUCCAGAUGCGAUAGACUGGUCUUUUCACAGCGAGCUUUUGGCAACACUCGAAGGAUACAUAGACGCGAAGAGCGGAGCGAGGGAGAUCGAAGAAAGGACACGUAGGGCCAUCAGGAAGGUUGUUUUCUGCAAUGUCUUGGAUCCUCAGGUGCUCCCAGAAGAGCAUAAGGAACCAUUCGACGUGGUCCUCACAUGCCUCUGUUUGGAGAGUGCCUGCCUGGAUGAGGGAACGUAUAAGAAAGCCGUUCAAAACCUCGCCAAUCUGGUCACAAGUGGAGGGUAUCUGAUCGUCUGUGGUAUUUGCGGAUCUGAUGACUAUGUGGUCAAGGGAGUCACCUUUCCCGUUCUUGCCGCAUCCGUGGAUCUAGCGAAAAAGGCAAUCACCCGGUGUGAAUUCGAGAUAGAGCGUUGCACUUCGAUGGAGCAAGACGCGUUACAAGCCAAGGACAGGUAUUGUUGGCAACAGGGGUUUGUCAUUUUAGCUCGGAAGCUUUAAGGGAUGUUAUGACGGCCUUUCUUAAGUUCGCUAGUUACACUUCAUUGAUAUAACAUACAAAAAAAAUGGUUCAACUUCGUAUCUUUUUGAUUUGCAUAUGAAUAUUACCAGGAACGUGAUACCGAGGGUCAGAAAUGCCUAGCUGUUCUGCCAUGAUGCUAAAUGUCGUCUGGUAAGAUGCUUGUAUACUAUAUCCCCCAAAAUGAGCUGCACAAUUAAUACGUAGGCUGGUUUAAGAUUAGGUUUUUAUUUAUCUGUAUUAAAGAAUCCGAUGUUGA